CUACGGCUAAACUACAAAUAGCUUAAAUCCAAAGAAAUAGUGCACUGUCUAAGCGCGAGAAACCCCAUUAAAAUGUACUGAACGUAGUGAUCCUAUGUAGGGAGCAUGGAUACGUUUGGAAGUGGGCCGGAUAGUGGAUAUUGUACGGAACUGGUAGAGGGAUUGGUUAGCUUUAGCGAGCUAGCUGGUAUCACAGUACUGGGAUUGGGAGGCUGACGCUGUUGUGUUAUUAUAAUAGUAGAAGAAAAUAAGGGGUCCAUGGAGGAGUCUGGAAAUAUUACUGUGACUGUUAAAACUCUGGACUCUCAGAGCAGGAGCUACACAGUCCGAGGAGAGUGGACGGUGCAGGAGUUUAAGGAGCACAUUGCCUCCUCGGUCGAGAUCCCGGUGGAUAAACAGAGGCUAAUCUACCAGGGCAGGGUGCUGCAGGAUGACAGGACACUGACUGAAUACAAUGUUGAUGGGAAGGUCAUUCAUCUCGUCGAGCGGGCUCCUCCUCAAACCACGCAGUCCGGAGGUGGAGGAGAUGCUGUGUCUGGCUCAUCAGGAGGAGUCGGAGAGGCAUCAUCCGGCUCGACUCCUUCAUCUACCUCCGCCUCCCAAGGAGCGCCGCAUGACCGCAACGGUAACAGCUACGUCAUGCUGGGCACCUUUAACCUCCCGGUGAACAUCCUGGACCCCCAGCAGAUUCAGAUGUCUGUGCAGCAGAUGAUGGCUGGUGUUGGGGAAGGAGGGCGAAAUGCCAGAGUCAACACAAGCACUGGGAGCAAUGGAUCUGUGGAUGUGCGUAUUAACUUGGACCAGUCGGCUCAAAGCGAACCGAGGAUAAGGCUCCAGUUGGCGGAAAACUUGUUGCGAGAGACUCAGUCUUUAAUUAACAGACUGGAGGGUCCUCAACAAGCGAGUGAAGGAUCCAGCCAGCAGGUGCCUGCGGAUUCCUCUUCUUCAUCCGCGCAACCAAUGGACACUUCCCCACCUCCACCUCCUGCCUCUUCUUCCUCUUCCUCCACCUCCACGCAAACAGAAGGCCCUCCUCACUCUGGACCAAAUCACCCAAGCCCUUCAGAGCUGAUGGAGGUGCUCUCAGAAGUGCGGCGGGUGGAGGAAAGGCUCCGCCCCUUCAUGGAGAGAACUCAUUCCAUCCUGGGAGCAGCCAGUUCUGCUGAUUACAACAACAACACACAAGAGCGCGAUGAAGACCAGCGCACCCUCAACGUAGUCGGCGAGUCCCUUCGGCUUCUCGGCAACACCUUGGUCGCGUUGAGCGAUGUACGGUGCAACCUGGCCGCACAGCCUCCCCGCCACCUACAUGUGGUUCGGCCCAUAACCCACUACACGUCACCUAUUGUGCUGCAGAGCGCUCUGCCCCAUAUACCAAUACCAAUGAACAUCGGAACCGCUGUUACAAUGACCUCUAAUGGCAGACAGGCAGGUGAAGGUCAGCCUCAGCCAUCUCAACCGUCUGGCCAGUCAGAGGAGCAGGAUCAGGCACAGGCACCGUCCUCUCAACCCAAUGGAGCCAAUCAGAUGCCUGGUCAGGGGACGCCUCAUGUUAUCAGAAUCACUCAGCAGACCAUGGAGCCUGUGGUGAUGAUGCAGAUGAACCUGGAUGAUUCAGGCAGUGGAGCUCAGGCCCCAGGCCAACAGAAUCCCAACGCUGCUGGACAGACUGGCUCCACCCCACCCAUGCACAUCCCUGGCUUGCCUCCCGAGUUCAUGCAGGCCAUCGUGCAUCAGAUCUCCCAGCAGGCUGCUGCUAUGGCCACCGCAGCCUCAGCUGGUCACCACGGACAUCAGUCAGGCACUCCUGCACCAAACGCCUCAAACGGAGAAGCACCAGCUGUUCCUCCACCACCUCCACAAGCCAGAGUUGUCAUCACCCGACCCACCUUUACCCCACGGAUUCCUCAGCCUGCCGGCACCAGGACAGCUACCAUCAACCUGCGUGCGUCGGUACCACCCACCACCGGCCAACAACCUGCACAGGGCCCCUUGGCUAAUUCUCCUCUAACUCAGAUGGUGAGCGGUUUGGUCGGGCAGCUGCUAAUGCCGACGCACACAGGUGAUCAAACAUCCACUGGCUCUUCAACCCAUUCGUUCUCCUUCUCUACCUCGUCCUCCUCCUCCUCCUCCUCCUCCUCAACUGCUCCUUCCUCAUCAGCCAAUACAUCUGCACAUACCUCUUCUAACACUACCAGCACAGCCUCCACGGGCCAGUCACAGAACGAGGGUCCGGAUGAGAACUUGCCCCACCUGUUGGGCUCUCUCUUGGGUGGAGCCGCAGGAGUAGGUGGGAGUGUUUCCGGAGGCUCUCCUUCCAUUACUGUGACGAUGCCUGGUGUGCCGGCCUUCAUCCAGGGCAUGUCUGAGUUUAUCCAGGCCAAUCAGCCUGUGUUUCCUCCUCCCCCGAGCCAGCAGCCUCAGCCUGCUUCCUCUGCUCCAUCUGGCCCAUCUCUGAACCCUCCUCGUCCUCCCAGCGGAGGAGGGGAGACGCUUAGCCCGGAGCUGUUCACAGGCAUCGUGCAGGGCGUGCUGUCCACCAUGAUGGGUUCUCUAGGAGCCGGUCAGGGAAACAGCGAGAGCAUCGCCCAGUUCAUUCAGAGACUUUCUCAAACCAGCAACCUCUUCACUCCUGGAGCUGGAGAUGCUGUGGGAUUCUUUGGAGAUUUGCUGUCUCUGGUGUGUCAGAGUUUCUCCAUGGUGGAUAUGGUGGUGUUGCUGCAUGGCAACCCUCAGCCUCUGAGUCGUAUCCAGCCCGAACUCGCUACCUUCUUCAACGAGCACUAUCUCAAUGGACGAGAGCCUACUGAUGCCAAUAUUGCUACCGCUGCUGAAGAUCUCAUCAAUGGACUAGAGGAGUACAUCGCUGAGAGUUUUUCCACAGUCACAGUGCGAGAGGGAGUGGACAUCAUCCAGACUAACAUGUCCUUCCUCAGACAGCAGUUCACCCGCAUGGCAAUGCACAUUCUCCGCUGUACAGAUCACACGUUUGGUCCUCGCUUGCUGUUACUCUGCACUCAGGGUCUGUUUGAGUGUCUGGCUCUCAAUCUGUACUGUUUAAGAGGCGAGCAGAGGGCGCUUACGGCGGUCAUCAACCAUCGCAUUAGAAGGAUGUCUGCAGAAGUAAAUCCCAGUCUAGUGAACUGGCUGACCAGUAUGAUGUCCAUGAGACUGCAUGUGAUCCUGGACCAUAACCCGGUUACAGAGGACCAAAUCCAGCAUUAUGUUCUCUACGCGCAGCCUGAUUCUGACGCGAGACUGGAGUCGAAUACAGAGGCAGUCCAGCAGACGGAGAGCCAGAACGUGGAGAUGUCUCCAGCACCUGCCACCACUGCAGAGGAGGCCAUGGCAUCUUCAGGAGAGAGAACUGACUCCAGACAGCCAGCUCCAGAUCUCACGCCUCUUCACAGGCCAUCCUCGGUAAACACACGCGAACCUGCUGGAAUGGCAGCUAAUGGGAGGGAGGGGUCUGGAGCAGAGGCGGAGCCAUGGGCAGCAGCCGUCCCACCUGAAUGGGUGCCCAUCAUUAGGCAUGACAUGCUGUCCCAAAGGAAAAUAAAAGCUCAGCCUCCGCUGUCUGAUGCUUAUCUUCAUGGAAUGCCGGCUAAGAGGAGGAAGACUGCUCAGGGUGAUGGACCGCACCUCUCUCUCUCCGAGGCCGUGACUGUCGCUGCCCGAGCAGUAGGAGCACGGCCCAUCACUACACCAGACAACCUGCAGGGGGAGCUGGACACACCAGAGCUGCAAGAUGCUUACGCACAACAGAUCAAGAGCGACCUAAGGAAAAGAGUCGACGAGGAUCCAGACUACAAUUCUCAGCGUUUCCCAAACACGCACAAGGCUUUCUCUGAAGACUCCUAAUGUCAUCGUUCAAUUUUUUUUUGCACAUUAUUUCAAGCUCAGCCGAAUUAGUUAAGUAUACGCUCUGUAGUCAGUCAAUAGAGGAGCUGGAUUCUUCUGUGAAAGGGGCCGAACACUUAUAAUCUUCACUCGUCGUGCAAUAGCCAUCGAUGGCUAUUUAUUAUUGUACCUGAUGUCUCACAAUCACGUUUUCUUUUAACGGAUUUCUGCUGUAAGUCUGACUUCAGUGUGCCGAAACGUUGGAGGAUCGGUCACGUUUGUGACAGUUGUGAUAAAAGAUUUAUACACAUGCAUUGAGGCACCAAUAAGGCAAGGGCUUCACAAAGAGGAAGAGUUAAUCUAAUACAUGUAGAGGUCUUAGAAAUGCCCAUCAGUGGCUCAAUGCCAGUGAACUUGUAGCAUCAAGCUUUGUUUGUAUUGUAAAAUAGAUUAACAUUGUUGUAAUGACUUGUUUUAAUAGUUGCAAUAAUAGCAGCUAUCAUACACCAUGUAUACAUGACGUUAAAAAAAAAACAUUCUGGCUCGAUCACCCAAGUAGGUCUAUUUGUAAUUUUCAAUAUAAACACAUCAGGCUGUUAUAAAUCCUUUCACUCAGACGUGUAUUUAGCGAUAGCAGAGCAGUCGUGUGUAAUUCCAGUCAUCCAAUUAAAUCCAGUGGCCAAUCAGUGUCCUCACUUUUAAUUGUCGAGAUGCAUACCGAUUGUGACCGUGAUGUUCCACAGCAGCAUCCGUCCCAAAACUCAACAUUUUAAUCUACAUGUAACAGAAUCAGUGUUUAAAAACUUCUAUACUUUACAGUAUCUGAUUCAUGAUGUAAUAAAAUCCGUGUUUCAUUUUUAUUCUUGAAAAACUAAACAAGUGGCUGUUUUUGUUUAUUUACGCUAGAAUUUCCCCUCAUCUAAACAGCUACUAGGUCCGAUUCCCGCCCGGCCCUGUGUGGGCGGAGUUUGCAUGUUCUCCCCGUGCUUGCCCAGUUCAAAGACAUGCAUGGUAGGUUGAUUGGCAUGUCCAAAAGUCUAGGAAUGUGUAUGUGAUUGUGCCCGGUGAUGGAAUGGCAUCCCAUCCAGGGUGUACCCCGCCUUGUGCCCCAUGCUCCCUGGGAUAGGCUCCAGGUUCCCCGUGACCCUGUAGGAUAAGCAGUAUAGAAAAUGAAUGGAUAGAAACCACUACUAAAUAGAAAACUGCCUUUCCUAUGUUUUGAUCAUGACGACAACAAAAAACAACCAGAUCUGAAAUGGUAAACAGUGCCUGUACACUUUAUUAUCCACACCAGAAUUUGGGUUAUUGGCAGCAAAUAAAUAAAUAUCACAUCAUCAGACCAAGGAUUCAGUUUCCAUGUUGAUUUUUGGAGGAUCAUUGAGCUAAAUUUUAAAGUGCAAGCUGUAGAAUGUAGGACGUGUAUUACAGUUUCAUUUUUUUUCUCCUGGAACUUGAAUCUGCAAUGGUUUUCAAAAUCUUGUCAAACAAAACAAACUUGGCUCUGAACAUAA